GCCGGGUCUCGCUGUCACCCGUUGAUAGACUUCCUGUUAUUGUGACCUUAACCUUGCAUGUGGAGCGGAGGAUUCUUGGCAAUGUCUCUGGUUACUGAAGCGUUUGUGUCGCAGAUAGCAGCUGUAGAGCCCUGGCCAGAAAAUGCGACCCUUUACCAGCCAUUGAAAAGUGUACAGGUUCUGCUGUCUGACAAUGCAUCUUGUCUCGCUGUCCAGGCCUUCUUACAAAUGUGCAAUCUGCCCGUCCAGGUGGUUUGUAGGGCAAACGCAGAAUAUAUGUCUCCAUCUGGUAAAGUGCCUUUUAUUCAUGUUGGGAAUCAAGUGAUUUCAGAACUGGGACCAAUAGUUCAAUUUGUAAAAGCCAAGGGCCAUUCACUUAGUGACGGCUUAGAUGAAGUCCAGAAGGCAGAGAUGAAGGCGUACAUGGAACUUGUUAAUAAUAUGCUUCUGACAGCAGAGUUGUACAUUCAGUGGUGUGAUGAAGCUACACUAGAGGAGAUAACGCUGCCUCGGUACAGCUCGCCGUACUCCUGGCCCCUCAACAGUAUCUUAGUGCUGCAAAAGAAAUGGGAAAUUAAAAGAAAAAUGAAAGCUAUCGGCUGGGGCGGAAAGAAACUGGAACAGGUCUAUGAAGAUGUCGAUCAAUGUUGUCAGGCCCUUUCACAAAGGUUAGGGACCCAGUCCUAUUUCUUCAAUAAGCAACCCACUGAGCUGGACGCUCUGGUAUUCGGACAUCUGUUCACAAUCCUCACCACUCAGCUGAAUAAUGAAGAACUCAGCGAAAAAGUGAAAAACUACAGCAACCUCAUUGCCUUUUGCCGAAGGAUCGAACAGAACUAUUUUGAAGAUCACGACAGGGACAGUUCUGCCAGCUCCUCUUUAAGAUUAUCCAAAGGCCCCACACUGUAAAUUUUUGGGGAAACAUGUGAUGAGAAUUGGCCUAUUACUUUGAAAGAAUUUGCUAUAUACAGUACGUUCAAUAGAUAACCCUUUGUAUUGCACAAAAAACAAGUAUUCAUAGAACUCGACUGUAUCUGCAUUACAAUAAAUCUAAAACAAAUGCA